AUGGGUGUACCAGGCUAUUUUAGUUGGAUUCACAGAAAGUAUCCUUAUCAAGUCAGAAAAGUUAGACGCAACGGAAGAAAGAAACACAUCGACUGCCUUUACAUAGAUGUAAACGGUAUUUGCUACUAAUACGCUAGAGAUGAGCACCAAUAUAACUAUUUACUCAAACCUAAAUCUCUUGAAACUAUAUUUAAGCAAGUCAUUGAUCACAUCGACUCAAUUAUCGAACUAGUAGAGCCUUAGCUCUAAGUUUAUCUUAUGUUAGAUGGUCCAUGCCCAAGAGCAAAGAUGAACUAGCAAAGACAAAGAAGAUUCCAUGCUGAAAUGCAUCAUUUAACAUUGAAGGAUGAGCUCAAAAAGCAUGGAUUUGAUGUGAAGGAAGAAACCGUACCAAAUAAUUCAAUUGCUCCAGGAACUCCUUUUAUGUAUGAACUAAAUGAGUAGUUAAGGAGAUAUAUUGAAACUCGUAUUGCUUUAUCUAACAAAGCUAUGACUGAUGGAGAAGCAGAUCAUAAAGAGCAUUAGGUAAGUUACAAGAAGCUCUAAUUUAUCUUGAGUGAUAGUAAUGCUCCUGGCGAAGGUGAACAUAAAAUCCUUGAAGUAAUCAGAAAACAUACUAAUUUGUAGCUCACACAUUGUAUUGUUGGAGCUGAUGCAGAUUUACUCCUCCUUUCUCUUGCAACAAUUGGCAAGCGUAUUUUGAUUUUAAGAGAAAACUCAAAAUUUAAAGGAGAUAAGACAGAUCUCGAAAAAGAAUUAUAGAAGCUUAAGGAAGAACUUAGUCAUCCACAAUUAGACUUGCACAAAGAAAGAGAGUACGAUUUAGUUGACAUUAAUGGAUUGAAGAGAGUAAUUCUUGAUAAGUAUAAGAAAAUGUUUGACAAUAAACAAGUAUAGAAUCUAAAAUAUAAUCCUAUGUCUCUUAUGGAUGAUUUUGUCUUUUUAAGUUUAUUCGCUGGUAAUGACUUCCUUCCUCGUUAGAAUUACAUGCAAAUUAAAUCAGAAAAAGGACAUAAACCUAACAUUUUAGACAAGCUUAUCGAAAAAUAUGAUAGCUAUCUUGAGACUGCUACAAGUUAUCUUAGUGAUAGAGGUUUUAUUAAAUACAAUUAAAUCAUAGAAUUUUUUAAGCAAGUAGCCACUAUUGAGCCUAAAUUCAAGAAUAAUAGAAUUUUCGAAGCUCCUUAAAAAGAAGAGAAAUCGGUCUUUGAUUACGUCAAAAUUAUGAGUUAGAAGUAAAUCAAUAACGUUGAAGAUAUUAAGGAUUAGGAUUUGAUUGAUUACGAUUUCAAAGAAGAAGACCUUAAAUUAUAAUAGACCAGCUCUGUAAAUGAAGAAACAGAAAUCCCUAAGGAUAUUAUUCCUAUUUCUGAUAGCGAUGAAGAUUAGGAGGAAUAAAAAUAAAGCCAUGAUAAAGAAUAUCACAAAAAAAAUAAAAAGGAAUAGAAAAAGCAUCACAAUCAACAUGAUAAGGAUAAUUAAUUAGCAAGUGGAACUGAAGAUGAAUAGAAAAAGUAAAAGUAGAAUCAAGAAGAUGAUGAAGAAGAUGAAAUUCAGAAAAUAUUGAGUGAUGAAAUGAAUGGUAAAGAAAUUUAUUUGAAAGAAAAACUAAAAGUGACGAAUUAGUAAGAAUAUGAUUUAAUUAUCAUGAAAUAUCUUGAAGGUUUUGAAUUCACCCUUCUUUACUAUUUCCGUGGUAUUGAGAAAGCUUCAUGGAAUUACUUUUACCCUCACUAUUAUGCUCCUUUAACUCAAGAUGUUGUUGAAUUCUUAGAAAGAAAUCCUAAAUUUGAAGUUAAAUUUGUCAAAACUCAGCCAUUCUAACCUUACAAGCAACUUUUAGCUAUUCUUCAUCCAGACAAUGAAGCCCUCUUACCUGCCGAAUUCAAAGGUUUAUUUAAAAAAUAUCUACAACCUUUUUGCCCUUAAAUUUUAGAUAUUGAUAAGUAUGGAGCUACUAUGGAGCAUAUGUAAAUUAUAAAGCUACCUUUUAUUGAUGUGAAUGUCUUAGAAUAAGCUUACCAAGAAGGUGAAAAGGCUCUUGAAAAGUCAAAAAAUGAAUAUGAUAAGAACAGAAAUAUAAGAUCAUAAGAUUUCAUUUUUGAAUAUGACUUGAAUUCUUCUAUUAACAUUCCUGUUUUUAACAAACUUGUUCACCACUAGAUCAUAGAAAAAGCUAAUGUGCACAUAAUUCCAUUUAAUCAUUUAGAUGCAACUUUACCUGAUAAAAUUACAAAUUUAACUGUAGACAUGGAAAAGAAAAAUGCAGAAAGACAGCAGUUUGAAUAGAAAAAGAAGUUUAAGAAGUAGGAUAGAGAUGACUCAGAAGAAUAAAAUCAAUACGAAAAAAAAGGAAAACACCAUUACAAAAAUGAUAAUCAAGAUGAAAACCAAGAAUACUCUAAGCAUGGACAUGGCCAUGAUAGUCACAAAGGACAUUAACAACAUGGAGGUCAUGAAGGUCAUCAUAAAAAUUUCCAUGGUACUCAUCAUUAGGGACAUAAUAAGCAAGAAGAAGAUGAUUGA